CGCUAUUUUUUUCUCCCACCGUCCUCUUUCGCUCUUUUUCGCGCGCUACACACAUUCGCACACACAUUUUUUUUACCGUGAAAAAUCGCUCCAAACUAAAUUCAAACGAAAUCCAUGCCGCGAAAUGUUUUCUAGUGCGUCGACACGAGUUUCCACCGUGCGCUCUUUUCUUCGCGUCAAAUCGUCACGGCGAAUCACAUGCGACGGUCGAACGCGAUCGGUCAGUGAGUGAAUGUGCGUCUUGUCUUCGACGAAAGAACGGAAAAACAUUUAAAACAGAGCUAAAGCAAAUUGUUAUCUCGACACACGGCUCGGUCGGAUCGAACUGCGCGCAACAGCUGAGUAAAAGUAAUAGAUUACGACUCAAAGACUGAGCCGGGGGAUACAAUAAAAGUGAAUGCGUCGGAAAUUCCCGAAAACCGAGGCACGUCGAACGGAAGAUGAAAAUGCUCACCGUUCUAACGAUAUUGCUCGAUCCCUUCCUUCUUAUCGGACUCUUUUUCGGCAUUCUGUACUAUUAUCUCACGGCGACAUUUGAUUUUUGGAAAUGUCGCGGUGUGCCGUACAAAAAGCCGACCGUGCUCGUCGGAAACUUCGCUUCUCUGCUUCUGUUCCGCAAGUCGCAACCGGAAGGCGUCAAAGAGAUGUACCAAUGGUUCGAGAACGAAAAAUUCUUCGGCGCGUUUCGCGUGAGAUCGCCCGUGCUGAUCCUGCGCGAUCCCGAUUUGGUGAAGUCCGUGUUCGUCAAGGAUUUCGCUUUCUUCGUGAAUCGCGGAAUUCCGGUCAAUAACGCCAAGGAUCCGCUGUCCGCGCAUCUGUUCAACCAAGAAGGACGCAAGUGGAAGAGUCUCAGAUCGAAGCUGACCCCGGCGUUCUCGUCGGGCAAGCUGAAGCAAAUGUUUUACCUGCUGGCGGAAUGUGGCGAGGAAUUGCAGAAGCUCAUAGACGCGAGCUGCAGCUCAAGCACGGUGGUCGAGGUGCGGGAACUGGCGGCAAAAUUCACCAUCGACGUCAUCGGCAGCUGCGCCUUCGGCAUACAAAUAAACUCGCUCACCAACAACGAGUCCGAGUUUCACAGGGCGGCGAAGAGGCUCACGAAACCGAGUUACAAAAUCACCCUAUGGAGAAUGCUGCGAACAGCCAUGCCGGGACUGUAUCGGUUGCUGGGUGUGCAGCUUGUCGAUCCGAGCGUCACCGCGUUCUUCAAGGACGUGGUGUCCCAGAUGAUCGACCAGAGGGAGAGCGCCGGCGCGACAAGACACGAUUUCAUGGACCUGCUGAUCGAGAUAAAGAACAAAACCGCUCCGAAGAACGAGGGCGAAAGCGCGCGGAUCUGCGGCAACGAGGACGUCGAGAAGGACAUCGAAUUGGACGAGAACACUAUCGCGGCACAGGCGUUUAUGUUUUUCGCCGCUGGUUACGAAACGGCCUCGAACACAAUCGCGUUCUGCCUCUACGAAUUGGCGUUGAACCCGGAGAUCCAGGAGACAGCGAGGCGAGAGAUGCGCGUCGUCAUGGAGAAACGGGACGGAAGAUUGACUUACGAAGCGGUAAAGGAAAUGAAGUAUCUCGACAUGGUGAUACUAGAAACUUUGAGAAAGUAUCCGCCAGCCCCGCUGGUCUCUCGAAAAUCCGAGUACAACUAUCGUAUACCGAACAGCAAGGUGGAACUGCCGGCCGGCAUGCGGGUGAUCGUGCCGAUUUAUGGGUUUCAUCACGAUCCGAAUUAUUAUCCCGACCCGAUGACGUUCGAUCCCGAGAGAUUCACGGAGGAGAAUAAACGCAGGAGACAUCCUUACACGUAUCUCCCGUUCGGUGAAGGCCCGCGAAAUUGCAUAGGAAUGCGGUUUGCGUUGCUGCAAAUCAAGAUGGGAUUAAUUGCGUUUCUCACGAAUCACCGAGUCGAGAUAUGCCGCAAAACAAUCGUGCCAAUCAAAUUCAGCAGACGGAGUCUCGUGACCACGAGCGAGGCGGGAUUUUGGCUCAACGUUUCACCGAUUUCCUAGAUCUGUAGAACGAUCGUUUCUUUUGAAUCAUCUUCUUUUUCAGAAGCAAUGCGAUUAUUUUAAUAUUGUGACACGUAUUUUUUGAGAGAGCGUAUUUUUAUUUAACGUCAUUUCGAUUACAAGACGUGUUUAAAAAACUGCAAAAGUGUGUAAUUAGAUACGCGGUAGGAUCGUAUAUAUAAAAAAAAAAAAAGAAAAAAAGAAACGUGCAAAAUUAUCAAAACGGACUCGGCGAGAAAAUAAUCGCGAUAUUGUCGACAAUAACGCUGAUUUAUUUCACGGUCGAUCCAUGUGUGCAUAAUGACAAUUGCAUUAGACAUUUAUUUAUGCGCGCGUAUAAAUAACAGCUUUAAUGCAACGUGUCUCACAAAAUUUAUAUCUUUGAUUGAUAAAAAGUUUACAUCCAAGAAGUUCAUUUAUAUAUUAAUUGCAAGAUACAUAUUUUUGUAUAAUGCGCUGUGCUUGUACUUACUCAUUUUCACGCGCUUCGUAUCGGCUCGUUUACUUAUAAUUAAGUUUUCUUUUUUUAAUUACUGAUUAGAUUUUGAAAACAACUUGAGCAUAUUUACACAUAAAUACAUAUAUAUAUAUUUUUUUUGUAUUUUAAAAUACAUU